UUCAUUUCUAAGGAAACAGGAACAGGAGUUACAACAGCUCACACACAGACAGACACAGAAACGAUUCCCUAACACCAGCACACUAACAAAGGACGAUGAUUAUGUCAGGAAGGGUCAUGAGUUGCUCUGCAGCUCUGCUCCUUGCACUCGCCUCUGUGUCAGCUGUACAAAAGCUCCAGUCAAUCAAUGAUUUGAAGAAAAUCAACUUUGGCCAAUCUGUGCCCAAACACAGUCUUCUGCUGCUCUACUGGUUUGCCAACAUAGUUGAUAUCAACAAUAACCAUGUCAUUUCCUUGAACUUCAACCCAAACAAUGAAGAUUAUGGCUCGCAUCAUUAUGGCAACUAUGAGCAGCUGCUGGACCCACUGCCUCGGGGUUACCGGUACUACACUGUUGGCAAUCUUAAUGUAGACAGUCAUGAACAACUUCCAGACUACGUCGUCGCUCCACGGGCAGAGUAUGUAGGAAGAAACAUGGACCGCAUAAUAUUCAGAGUCAGGCAACAGAACACAGGAAGAUCUAUGCAGACAGAUCAAGUGUACAUCACACAGCACUAUGAGACCUCUCAACAACAGGGGACAAGAUAUGACCCGGAACAGACGUACCAGGUCAGUACCAACCUUCUAAGACAGAUCAGAGAGUUUUCUGAUGGAGAACACCAGGACUCACUGUGGGAUCUCAGAAAUCGCUAUGGCAGCAGUGCUGACGAUCGCGAGUUAGGGCAAAUCAGAAACAUGUGGGGUAACCUGGCUUGUCUUGGCCUGCUGCUGUUUAUUGUAAUUAAGGAAAAGCACCUCUCUUACAAACAAAACAAAAGAGCUCAACCUCCAGCGAGAAGUAACACGCAACCUGAUUUUGCUUGGCCUCCAGCAAGAAGACACACGCAACCGGAUUUUGUUAUCAACAUCCCAGAAUACGAACCCCAAACACGUCCCAGACAAAAUCGUAUGAAGACUGAUGGUUCGUGGAAUUUGAGGGAUGGGACUCAACUUAAGGUGACGACCGGCAAGGAUGGAGGAGCCAGGAUUCUUUGGGAGAAUGUUACUGAGAAUCGCCUGAACAAUGGAGUGAUGGUAGUGCUUUUCAAGAACAAAAGCGACCAGGAAGCAAGCAAGACUUUUAAGUGCAUUGGGGACAGUGAAUCAGGCAGUUGGGACACCUCAGUGCCGCUAAAUGAUGGUCUUCAGGCUCGACUACAUAAGGUUAGGAGACAGUGGUGCUUCUUUAAAGUGGUGGGAGAGGAGAUAUGCAGAGGUCCUGAGUUCAAGAAUCCCACAGCAGACAGCGCAGUCAAUAUAAACGGCUACGAUGCAAACCUGCAGCUCUUUGUAAAAGAUGGCAAGGCGUGUGCUCGCUUAUUUGUCAAGAAGACCUUCAGUAGUUGGAAGUUGGAAUUUAACGAUUCUUGGGUUGGUUUCUAUGCAUCUGCACAUAAAGCCACACAUCAGUAUGAAUGGUGGCAGUGGCAAUGGGCAACUAAAUUCAGACGUAGCACUGAUGUUCACAACUCCAUUUAUGAUGUAUACGAGUAUCACUCAGGUAUGUCAAUUGUCCCUGGAGUCCAAGCACGAUUCAUAGGCUGGCCUCAGGAAGUUAAAGCAUGCACUCUAAGCUGGGGGGGCUGAAGAUGACUGGAUAUCCAUUGCAGACAAUGUUUAAGUGGAUGGAAAAUCAACCCUGCUUUAAAGUUGAUUCUAUUUGUUCAUCUGCUUCUUGCACAUAUUGUUCAUUUGUUUACCUCUCUUCAAAAUGCUGUCCUGUUGUAUGAUUUGUUUUUCCUUUGUACAUUUCAUUUCAAAGAGUCUUGUAUUUGCCAAUUUCGUGAAUUUUUUUUAACAUCGAGACAUAUGUGAUGAAACAACAAAUGCUCUGAAUAACAGAACAUCUCUAGUUAGCUUGGACUCAAUAGCUUUUAAAAGGGAUCUCACCUGUCUGAAUGUUAUUACAUCACAAAAUAUUACAACAGCAGUUUCAUUAGAAGAAGAAGUGAAGUCCCAUCGGUUGCAUUUCACGAAAACCACAUCUGGACAUUAUGAGCUGAUUGAUUAUACUUAAAAACCUGAAAUGAUUUAAUAAUACUGCAGAUUCUUCUCUGAAAUGUCUCUUUUUGUAAAUCCUUUCAAUUGCUCUGGCAUGGUCAUAAAGUUCGAGGCUUUAUUCAUGCAAUAAUGUCAUGCUCCAGCACGUCUAACCUAAUAGUGAGUCACUGUUGCUUCAUACUGUGUUUUGAAAAAAAAAGCUCUGAUGGAUAAAUGAAACAGAGAGUGAAAGAAACUAUGAUCUGCUCUGAUAAUCUAUUAGCUUUUAGAAACUGGAUUGUAUUACAAGUAUGUAUGUUUUGUAUUCUUCUUGUAAUGUUGAAAAUUGGGGUUUUAUAAAUCACAUUGUAUGGAUCA